CCGAUCUCGCAAACACGAAAAAACCUCAGCGCGGAGCGGACCUCGAGCAGCGAGUAGCAGCAGCAGCAGCAGCAGCGAAAAAGCAAGUUCGGAAUCGGGAAAAGUGUGAUCCAAGAAGAAAGGGCUACGCGUGAUUCCGGAGUGCGUCCAGCAAAACCAGUUAUUACGGCAGAAUUGUUACGGUGACGUAAAAAGUCUGAAACAAACUGAGAGAAACAAUAGACAAGAAAGCGACAAGCAGCAGCGCGCUGUGUGCAAGAAAUCCUUUGAACCGCCCCCCAAAACAACAACGAGUGCGUGUGUGGUUGGUGGUUAAAGUCGUGUGUGAGCGCGCGCGCAGUUUUGUCAACCUCUUCGUCUUCUACUUCUGCCAACAAGUCCAAGCACCGCGGUGUUGUUGUUCGUUUGUGCAAACCCUUCUCCGGUGGUUUGUGAGAGCAGUUAAACGACAUUUUUAAGGUUCAAAAGACGGAUCCAACGACCCUCUGCCAAGUAUAGCAGCAGUCCCGGCAUUCGCGUGUACCUGUACCACCCCGUUAUUGCUACUGCCUGCCGUGUGUCCUGUCCGUCUCCGUUUUGGUGGCCGUGUCUUUUUUUUGCCUGGCCAGCUCUCUACCCCCGCGGAACACACACGCCUACGCGCGCACGCAAGUCGCUGCAAAAAUCGCACACCUCAACGCCAUAUCAACGAGCGUGUGGUGUGUCGCAGCAUUCGGAAAGACGUACCAGCAGCAGCAGCAACAGCAACGGCCUACCACGGAUUUAGAGAACAAAGCGGAGGCAGCGCGACAAAACGAAAAGUGCAGCAAAAAACGCAGCAGCCACAGUAGUAGUGCGCGGUGUGUGAAAAGUAGUGAGCAUUUUCGGUGUGUCCGCCCGGUCUCAAUUCCUUUACCAAUCGAAUUACGUAGCUCCUUCCGGUUCCUAGCGAGAGCGCAGAAAGGGAGCGAAAAAUUAAUCAAUUUAAUCGACGACGACGACGACGACGCGAGUGUGCGAAGAAGAAGUAGUAGGAAUCAUCAUCCAGCGAUUGUGUUGUGUGCAUAUCAUCACCCCGACCCGGGAGUGUAUCCUGUGUGUGUCGUGCCGCGUGCUUCGAGUGUGAAUUUGCUCAACCCUCUUUUUAACGCCACGCAUCCACGGUAUUGUGUGUUCUGAUCGGUUUUUAUCAUCAAAGUUCUCCCGUAGUGUACCAGUGGGCUCAACGUAAAAUCGAGAAAAGGAGUGCGCGUGUGUGUUCGGGAAAAAGGCGCACCGCAAGUAGUAGCGCCUGCUUGAUCAUCGUCCCCGUGGUGUGUGGUCCUGGGAGAGUGUGCGAGAUCGAUCGACAAAUGUGUUGAUAAUCCUGGUGUAAAGUGUUGGUUUUGGGGCUCUUACUCGAUCGACAAGAGCGUUGGUGGAACAUUUUCGAAAACAAGUAAAACGGUCAGUCCUUUGAGAAACAAAAAUCCUCGCAAACACGAACCGAAACCGGAGGAAACAAUUUCCUGCAGCAGCAGCUAGUAGAGAGAGAAGCCAACAUGUCGACUGCGAUCAUGCACAGCACGCCAGCACAGUACGAGUUUGGAGAGUUUCUACGAAAGAAUACAACGAGCUCCUCCCGAAGCAGCAACACACAGAUGGCUGGUAGCGGUGGAGGCGGUGGUGGUGGUGGUGUUGUUGUAGUGGACAGCAAUACUAACGCCAACAUGGAACUCGUCGGUGCAUUGACAAAUGCUGGAGUCGUCGGUGGUGGUGGUGCUAUUGGUGCAUCGAACGCAACCAACAAUCAGUUGCUGAUGUCACAGGGCUUUGAUUUGCUGCCGGUUGGUUCCAAUCAGCGACUGAACGCACGCUAUCAGGUGCUGCAGCAGCAGCAGGAGCUGCAACAGCUGCAACGUCAGUUUGCUGCCCCUCAGAUGUACGGUCCCGUCGGACGGCAGGUGGUCCACAAGCAUCAACAGCAGCAGCACCAGCAACAGCAACAACAUCAUCAGGCACAGCAACAGCAACAUGGCCUUGGUACGCACAAUGCACUGCACCGUAGCGUCUCGCAACCGACCACCUCCAAGUUUACGAUGGACAACAUUUUCGAGCUGCUGAAGCUCGCCGAAGCACACUCGUCGGUUGCGGCGGCCGCUGUUGGAGGUGCUGCAUUCGGAUCAGCCGCUGGCAACGGUAAUGGUGGUAGCUGCGCGAGCAGCAUCAGCAGCAACAGCAGCACUAGCAGCAGCAGCUCCAGCACCACGUCCUCGACCAGCAGCAACAACAACAACAACAACGGAGGCAACAAUCACCACCACCAGCAGCAUCAACAGCAGCAGCAGCACAAUCAUCAGCAGCAGCACUCGCAGAACAGCAAUACUUCCUCCUCCUCCGGUCACCGGAAGUUGGAACGAACGCAGUCCGAACCGUUGCCACAGCAAGUGAAUACGUCGAGAUACAAGACCGAACUGUGCCGACCGUACGAGGAGGCCGGUGAGUGCAAGUACGGUGACAAAUGCCAGUUCGCGCACGGAAUGCACGAGCUGCGCAAUCUGCAGCGCCAUCCGAAGUACAAGACGGAGCUGUGCCGCACGUUCCACAGCGUCGGUUUCUGUCCGUACGGUCCGCGGUGCCACUUUGUGCACAACGCCGAGGAGGCACGGAACCACAACCGUAGUGUGGCCGCCUAUCAUGCGCGCCUGGCAGCGGCAGCGGCCGCAUCCGCCAUCGUAACCAACUCUGGCUCAGCAUCAUCGAAGAACGCCAACAACCAGCAGCAGCAUCAGCAGCAACAUCACUCCCAGAGUGCUCUAAACUCGGUUUCGGUCGCUCAGCUGCAGACGGCCGCCGCUCUGCUGCAGCAGUCCACGCUCGCACACCAGCACCAUCAUCAGCAGCAGCAACAGCAGCAGCAGCAGCUGCAUCAUAGUCUUCAUCAGCUGCCGCUCAGUCCGGCACUGUCAAUGUCGACGGGCUCGGACCGUGCAUCGCCGAUCGGUUCCCUGUCGCUCAGCCCGACCACAUCGAUGGCCAGCUUCUUCCCGGAGGCUGGCAGCCCGACCGGCUUCCAUCAGCAGCAGCACCACCACCAGCAACAGCAGCAACAGCAGCAGCAACACCAACAACAUCAUCACCAGCAACAGCAACAGCAGCACCAGCAGGCGUUCAACUUCCCGGCUAGCCCUCCAGCCAGUCCGAUCGAUUGCCUGUCACCGAUGGCCACGCCACCGCCCUCCUCACCAUCGCUAUCGAUGAAGCUGUGCGGCGGCGGCGGCACCGGGCUCGAGGAUCGGCUGCCCGUCUUCAAUCGGCUCAGCUCAGCCGUCGAUGCCUUCACCAAUCUGGCACUGUAGAAAACGCGAAUCCUCUCUGUGCGCGUGCGGAAGGUAGGAGCAACACAAUCAGAGACGCGGAAGCGCACUCCGCGGAAUAGUGCUUUCGAUUCUGUCUACGGAGGGUUACGAUUGUUUUUUUCUUUCUUGCUGUUUUUUUGGUUUCCCCUUUUCUGUUUGCUUAUUUUUGGGGGGCCCCUAAAACUUGAUACAAUUUCAUGGUACGUUCGUAAGGUGUAGAAAAGAGAGGGUGUGUGGUGUGGUGGAUCGUUAAUGGUGCGCGCGCGCGUGCGUGCACGACGAUGUACACACAAUUGACAACGAACUGAUAUGAAAAAUGAUAUGCCACCACCAUCAUUAUCGCUAGCGCACACAUCAGGGCCAGCAACAGCAACAGAGCCUUUUUUCGGAUGACUUUGGUCGGUUCCCUCGGGUCGGUGUGUUGUUGUUAGGUGUGUUGAAACAAUAGGAAAUAAGGCUAACACGGGAAGAAAUGGGGGAGUCACUUUCCUCCCUCUCUGCUGCGCUUCUACGGUUUAUUUAUAUUUAAUAAUUCGAACGAGAACUGCUCUGUGGGAUGUGUGAAUUCGUAAAGCGAAGCGAGAGGAGAGAUAUAUAAGGAGAGUGGUGGGGGCGCAUCAAAAGUAGUUGGAAACAGAUCUAAAUCAUCGAAGGUAAAAAGAGAGGAAAGAGGAAGAAGAAGCACAAAAGAGAGAGUGCAUAUUUAUUGAUCUAUUUGCAAAAUAAUAUUACACCAUCAUCUUGUCUUAUACAGUUUCUGAUGUGAUUUAUUUGGUACGCAACUAUUUUUUUAUGCUAAUUAUUAUAUUAUGAUAAAUUAAUAAUGCUGUAAUUAUUCCCGUAGUAGUGUACUGUAUAGUAUGGAUACUUUUUUUUUUAUCUAAGAGAUUCCUACACUCUUCUUACCUCUACCAUUGCAAGGUGGCUUUGUUUUUGCGAUCUCUUCUGUGCAAGAGAAAGGGAAAGAACAAAGAACAGGAGUUACUUUUCCCCGUGUGCUACGCACGCGCUCGCGCUAACAGUGAAAAGCAAAAACAAAUGCAACACGCAUGAAAAAGAGAGGCGUAAAUGUGUUUCCGAGCUCAAGAAAGAGGUCCAACAAGGGGAAGGUACAAGAAGGGCGAACACAAGUGCUAAUGUUUUACACACUGUGUACGCAACACCGACUGUGCUAAGCGAGAGAAGCAGGAACUGGGAUAAGAAGAUGAUGACAGACAUACAGGGGAAGAGGGGAGUGGUUAAACAGUUUGCCAAAUACAGUAGAGAGUGAAGAAGAAAAUGGUGGUGGCGAGGCGAGAGAUCAGGAGUGCACCCAGGAGUAGUAGUAGUAGGAACAGGCGAGAAAAGCGAAUUACUACGUGACUGGCUCGAGAGACAAUACGUGCGAUUAAGAACUACUAUUUACUAUGUUUUUUUUUACAGUUACUACAACGCUACUAUAAAUAUCAAGAAUAUUAUUAUUAUUAUAUUAUUAUUAUAUUAUAUUAUUAUUUCGUAUACACGUGUACUGCGUAGUCACAGCAAAACCCCCAGACUUAUUUAAUUUUUAUUUAUUCAAACUCACAAACCCCCCACAACACACAACUAUAUUCUCCGCCGCUGCCGCAUAGGCUAGAACUUACAGCUUAGAAAUGUUUCUCUUUUGGUUUUUGCUCCUUCCUUCGGUGUUAAUGCACCGGUUUUUUUAUCUCUUAUCAGUUUGCGUUUGGUGGAAAGCAGCAGCAGCCUUACUUACUCGUUCUGUUCUUGGUUUCCGAACCUCAACUUACCGUCAACAUAUACCAUACACACUACACUCUCCCAUCCACUUUUUUGCGUGUCAUUACUUUAGAGGUGAAGUGUAAAAGAGAGAGAGAGGAGGCCGGCUGGUCAGCAAUCUAGGGUUCAGGCGAGAGCAGCAGCAGCAGCAGCGAGUGUUGUUGACUCCCCACCACCACACUCCUUGCGCGCACCGCACUUUCGGUAAUAUUUACAAGAACUAUUUAUAAUCGAUUUCGUACUUUUACUAUUGCUCGUGUGCUAUAAAAUGGAAGAGUGACUGCGGGAAGGAGGAGUAGCAGGAGGAGCGAUGGAUUCGAACGUUGUGAAAAACAAAUGCUGCGCCAUCGUGUAGUGAUAUAGUUGAGGUAGUAACACGUUAGGAAGAGGUAGUAGAAACGCGAUCUUAGCAACUCCGGCGCAAGCAACUGAAAGACGGAUUAUUUUUGCCUUCGUGCGCACCUUUAUAAUUUAUUUUAUUUAUUCUCAAACACCCCAACUACCGCCGAACACACGUACAUACAAACACACACACACAAAACAAAGAAAAGCUUCGUUUUAUCACCUUUCGGAGUGACAAGUUUGGAGGAGGAGGAGUAGUAGCGCAGUAAUAAGCGAAUGUGGAAAUCAUUCAGGGGGAGAGAGCUGCACGUUGGUAAUAUCCCUUCCCACCAACUCCAACCACUGUUUCUCGUUCUCGAUUGCAGCGUGGGGGUGACGACAAGAAGGUGGUCAAAAACAAUAUUUAUCCAAGCCUUUGAGCACGUACAAAACUCAUCCAAAAUACACUCACACAUAAGCACAGCGGGCGAAGGCAGACAGAAAGAGUGAAAGAAGAGAGGAGGGAGAGACGAGUCAUCCCCCCCAUAAGGCUUAAGAACUUAGUUAGCGCACCCUCCGGGGCCGAAGGGCACUGUUCUAUGAAAGCUCUUCUGAGAUCAUUCAAACUCAUGAUUGAUGAAGGAGAAAAUGCACAAAAAAGACAUAACUUAUUUACUAAAACUACUCUGCACAUAAGAAAGUGGUGAUCGAUCGAUCGUCUCACCGAGAUAUGAUCGUAUGGUGUUAACUCCUGAGUACGACAACGAAAACAACAAAUCCGUUCUUCCAAUGUUAAAUCCCAACGAGAGAGAUAGAGAGAGAGAGAGCAAAAGAUAAUAGAGGAGAGAAGGAGAAGCGUGGAUCGAUUUGCGCAGAGGGUGAGUUAGCGGAGAUCGUCGCGGGGGGGAUUUUUUUUCGCCCGCAGUUCAAUCAAAAAGACAUUACCACAAAGCAAAUGCGCAUAUGCGUGUGUAAUCCGGUGGCCGCCCUUCUCUCCUGUGUAAUGCUUCCUGUGUAAACCCCUCUCGUCGCCACCUUUUUCAACAAUUUGCUAACAUCAUCGUUCAAACAAGUUCUUAUAAAUAUUUUUUUUAUUUUAUUUUAUAUUUAACAUUAUCGUCAUACACCGUAACAACACUAUGCUUAAUAUUAAUAAUUUCUGAUUUGCUGCUACGCUAUCCCGUGUACAUUUCUAGUAAUUUAUAUCUCCAAACCCCCUCCCUACCCCACCAAUUUCAUUCGAUUUUCGGUGGGUUCCGUGUGUGUGUUUUUUUUUCGUUUUUCUUUUUAGUUUUUCGUUCUUUCUUCGAACACACACGUGCUCGAGGAUAUGGCGACAGGUUUUCUGUUUUUUUUUUGUUUUUUUGUAUUCUGUUUUACAUUAAUAUUAUUCUUAACAAUUGUGUACAUGCCUUGUAAUAUUUUCGAGCUUUGGAUUCACCAAGCGAGUGCCUUAUGAAACCGGGAACCACCCCGCACACAGCAGCAGCAGCAGCAGUUGCGCCAUAUUAUGCACG